GUGCUUUCGCAACUUGGUAUUUAACUAAACGCUAUGAUACCGCUUACGAACAGAUAUACUCCAUCUUAACUAAGGCAUCUGCUCACGCUGGUGGCGAACCUUGCGAUCAUCCCGCCAAACUGGGCACUGCCGGCUUCACCGACUUUGGCACAUGGCUUCGCUAUACUCCUAUCGGGUUGUGGUGACGCGUGCUAGCGUGGCGACUCCGUCCGACGAUGCACUGGGCGCCGAUAGACCUGACCGUGCCCGCGUGUCUCGUUCCACGCUAAAGCCACCUGAUGAGGCCCUGGCAAGGCCGAAACGCGUCGUGGCGUGCCUUGCUCUUUACGUGUGUCCGGUGUCGCGUGGUGUACGUGUUGGGUCUCGUGUGCGUGUCGCGUUUCGUCUAUGUGGCGUGACGCUGUCACCUUAGCUUAUCACCAGCAGCAGCAGCAGCAGCAGCAGCAGCAGCAGCAGCAGCAGCAGGCGGCAGGGGCAGGGGCGGGGGCAGGGGCGGGGGCAGGAGGGCGUGUCGUGGCGCUGCCGCCCGCACUGUCGCGGCCGCUGUGGCUGUGCGAGAACGACUUCGGGGUCUGGUCCUGCAUCGCACACUGCCUGGCUCAUCAGGCCAUGCGGGCACGCGGCUUGCUACAGCCGGAUAACGGCAGUAGCAAUGCUGGCGGCGGCGGCGGCAGCGGCAGUAGCAGCAACGGCGGCGGCAGCGGUGAAGAGCCUGACGCGUUUGAGCGGGCGGCAAUUGAGCUGCGGCGUAACCUCGUGGUGACGGCGGCGGCGGCGGCCGCACGCGAACGCAUCCGCCGACAGUUGGCGCGGCGGCGGCGGCGGCGGCGGCGGCGGCAGCAGGAGAGCACAUCGUUGCAGCAGCUGCUGUGGCUGCGGAAGGAGUCAAUGCCUCAGACCUCGGCGGCUGCUGCAGCUGCUGCUGCUGCUGCUACUGCCGGAGUGAUGUAUAAGCCGCAGCCGUACCGCAGCGCGACAAGCGUUGGAGUUGCUACUGCCGUUGGCAGCGCCGCCACUGCCGGCACUAGCACUGCGGUUGAGGCUGCUACUGCCGUUGACCUGUCGGCUGGGCGCCUGGCGGACUUUGCCCGCCGCGCGAAACGCGGUGGCGGCAACGCCGACCGCGCCAGCGCCGCCGUUGGCGCCGAAGCUAACGCAGGCAACUCUAGCGGUGAUGCUUCGUACGGCAGCGAUGAUGACGAGGAUGAUUUUGAUCAUGAUGACAACGCGAUCCAGGACGCCGGCCAUCUGGAUCCGGAUUCGGCCGGCUGGCGGCGGUACAUGGUGGCGGCGGAGCAGUGGCUGUUGCACGACGCGCCGGCGGUUGAUGCCUGUUGGCUGGCGCGCUACUGCCGCUGCCUGGCGGUUCGCCGCGAGGCGGUUGUACUGCGGCGGACAGCGGCAAUACAAAAGCGGUUGGCGGCGGCGGCGGCGGAGAAAGCCAACCUGCAGCGGCAGGUGGCGGCGGCGGCGGAGCGGGUGGCGUUGUUAGUGUCACAGAGAGCGGAUGCUGCAGGGGCUGCGGAUGCAUCCUUGGUACAGAUGCUGCGGCGGGCGGCGGCGGCUCAGCUUGGAGAAGAGUCUCCGGAGGCGGCGGCGGCGGCGGCGGCAGUAGCAGCCGCGAUGGCAGGGGCAGGGGCGCCGGCGGCGGGGCUUGAGGACAUGGAGGGCGCCGCCGCCAGUGCGUUGCUCGCCAUGGCCACCGGCGGCUUCACUGCUACAGCCGCUGCUACAGCCAAUGCCUCUGCAGGUGCUACAGCCGCAGGCGCAGGCGGCAGUAGCACAAACUACCUGGAUGCGGCAUUUGGCGCCUUCGAUGCCGACUUCAACACCGCCCUGACGGCGCAGUGGGUCGCGAUGCGGACCCAAAUCUUCCAGAUGCAGGCCACGUGCCAAACCCUAACCUCUCUCAUUGCCCAGUUUGGGAUGGAGCUGCGGGCUGCCUGGAGAGCCGCAUCUGCUACAGCCGUCACCAUAAGCAGCAGCAGCAGCGUGGACCGGGUGUUCGUGGAAGACGUGGCGCGGGCAGGCAUGUCCUUCGCAGCGGCGUCGCUGCCGCCGUCGCCAGAGCUGCACCUGCCGUCGCAUCCGCCGAACACCCCGCCGCCGCUACUGCCAACGCUGCUGCAGUCGGGGGCGCCGGCUCCGCCGUCCCUGGCUGGGCCCCUGGCUUCAUUUGCAACUGCCGCUACGGCUGCUGCUACGGCUGCUGCUACUGCUGCUGCUACUGCUACUGCCGCGGGCGGCGGGGGCCCCAGGCCGCCGCCGCCGCCGCUCCUGCUGGGCGGGUCGGGCUACCAGCCCAGGGUGCUACUGCCGUUGCUGCUGGGGGUGUGGCGCGCCUCUAUGGGCCUGGAGGCGCCGCAGGGCGCAGCUACCGCCGCCAAACCCAAAACCGGUACCUCCAAAACCGCCGCCGCCGCCGCCGCUGCUGCGAGCGCCCGUGCUCAACCGCCGCAGCCGCAGUCGCCAGUCGUGCCCGUGGUGGUUGUGGGCGGCGCCUUCGCGACGCUGGCCCUCUGGGCCUCGCUGCAGGCGCGACACGAGGCGUGGGAGCGGCACAAGACGGCGGCGGCGCACGGGCAGCGCGUCGCGCGAUCCGUCAGCGACCUUGAAGGACGCGCCGCCGCCACCUGGCGCAUGCCGGCGCUGCAGCCGGAGGUACGGCAGGAAUGGACGGCGGCGGCGCUGGCAGGGAGCUGCAUGGGAUCAGCGGCGGCGGCGACGCAGUCGUUGGCGGCGGCGCAGCCGGCGCAGCCGGAGAGCGGGGCGGCGGCGCCGGCGGCCCGCAAUGAAGAGGUGGCGUUGCCGCCGCCGGCGGGUCUGCCGGGGGUGGUGGGGCUGGCGGUGGCGGCGGCUGCGGUGCCGUACGCUGUGCUGUACGGCGCCGGCGGUUGGGCGGGCUGCCCGCCGUGUGUCGCCGACAAACGCUGGAACUGGAAGCGGCUGCGUACGCUGCAGGUGCUGCGCCGGGCCGGUACCGGCGGGUACGACGCCGCAGUCGCCGCGCUGCGCACCGCCUUUGGUGUGGGGGCUGCGCCUGUUGAGGCGACCAACCGGAAGAGCGGCGGACCCGGGGCGGCAGUAGCAGCAACGACCGGGACGGCGGCAGUGGCAGCAGCAGCAACCGGGACGGCGCCGCUGGCGCUGCGGCUGCAGCCGGUUUCUGUGGAGGGCGUGGAAGCAGCACUACUGGCGCUGGCGCAGGUGCGGCGCGAGCUGCUGUCCGCCGGCCGCGACCUGUGCGUGGUCGUGGCGGACAUGCAGGCCACAACCGCAGACCCCUCACGAGCUGUCGACGACGCAGACGGCGGUGACAGCGACAACAACGCCGAUGUCGGUGGCACCGGUAUGGGCAAGGAUGCUGCCAGCAGAGAUCGGGAAUGCAGCCGGCGUGAACCGGUGGCCGCGGCAGCGGCGGCGCCGCCGCCGCAAGCAGCAGCAGCAGCAGCAGCGGCAGCAGUCGGAGAGCGGGACCUCGUGUCAGCGCCGAUCGCGGUUGCGGACGCGUGUGUGGAAGUAGCAGGUCAGUUGGGGCCGGGCCUGGCGGCGAUCGAUGCAAUGGAGCGAGUUGCGGCACAGCAGCAGCAGGGGGCUGUAGCAGGAGGGCUGCUGGACGAGGCGAGGGCGGAGCAGGCGGCGGCGGUGCGGGCGCUGGUGAUGGCGGCGGACCGAUGGCACCGAGACCUGGAGGAUGCAGUGGAGGAGGAGGUGGAGCGGCGGGCUGGCGGCGCCGGAGGUGGUAGUGGCGGCACCAGCACUGGCGGCGGGUUGGAGUUUGGGUACAGGACUGGCGGCGGCGGCGGCGGAGGAGGAGGAGGAGGGGGAGGCGGCGGCGAUUCGCGGUUUCGAGUGCCGGCAGGGGAUCGGCGCAAGCGGCUUGCGCGGCAGCGGCUGCAGCAGUCGGAGCGGCGGCGGCUGCGGGCGGAGGCGGAGGUGCGGCUGCUAGCGCCCGGGCGGCGCUGGGCGUGUUGGAAGCCGGCGGCGUCGCUGCUGGUGCUAGAAUGCGAGCCAGGCCGGCCGGACAGACUGGUGCCACCGGGCGGCGCGGCUGGAGCGGCUGUAGCAGCUGUAGCUGCAGAGCCUGCAGCGGAUUUAGCGGCGGGAGGAGGAGGAGGAGGAGGAGGCAAGGAGGCAGCAGCGGCAGGCGGCGGCGGGGGCAGGACGAAAGCGGGCGUGAAGGCGUCGCGGGCCGCCGCGGUGGCGGCGGCGGCGGCGGCGGCGGCGGCGGCGGCAACGCCAGCAGGGUCGGGGUCAGGGGCAGGCAAGACCGCGAAGCGGGGCGGGGCCGCCGCCACCGCCACCACCGCCGCCGCUACUGCAUCUGGCAAUGAGCCCAUGUCUGCGGCUGAGGCCGCGGCGUUGCAUCGGGUGCUGUUGGCUGCGGGGGCUCAGAUCGGCGGCGCAGGUGGGGCGGCCUCGGCGCCGGCGCUGUUUGGCCAGCUGUUUGGCGGCGGCAGGGCGCCGCGGGCGCAGCCGCAGCAGCAGGGCUCGACGGAGGAGAGCUCGCUUUUGGAUUUGACCGGGCUCGAGUAGUGAGUCGGGUGCUGCCUACCCAGGAGCCUCCCCUGGAUGAGUGCGGGCUGGCUGCUGCGGUGUCGCUGCGGGGAGGGCGUGAUGCGUGCCGAGGGCGUCCGGCCAGAGCUGCCGGAGCGGACUGAGGGGGUGGACGUGUCGGCGGAUGCAGCGGCACGAGUUGCAUGAGGUGGGUGGGUGGAGCGGGUGUUUGCAGGCGCGGGGCCCAACGCACGGGCAGCAUGGGCAGUGCUGGUGGUGCUGGAGGGCGGUGGCACGUGCCGUGUGCCGUACAUGCGUGUUUUCAGGAGGGUCUGGUUCGUGGGGGAAAGGAGGGGCGAGGCGUAUCCUGUAGCGUUCGCGAAACUUUGCUGCUGCCAUGCUGUGUUGCUCACUGUAGUGUCAAGCACCGUAGUAGGAAUUUGUGUGCGUACAUCAUUCAUCUAUCUGCUGCUGCUAUUGCUGCUAAUACUGCUGCGCGUGGGGUUAAUGAUACCCGGCAGAUACUGAGGCGGGGGUUGAUCAACACAAAGCCAUGCUUUAUCGGGCCUGAGGGGCAGCCGUCCACAGCGUGGCCGUCCGUCCGUCCGGGACACUUGCGUCACGACCCCACACAUAGGCACACCACCAACAUGCUACAAGCAGCUGUAAACGAAUUGCUGA